CCCGAGCCUGCGCCGCCGCUUCCGCUCUCGCGCCCGUGCGUCACUUCCGGCCCCGGCUGCUGCGGCGGUGCUCUUUGGUGGGGAUUGGCUUGGGACAGGGAGGAGACCUCAGAUCUGGGGGGACAGCGCGGACAGUGAAUGGGAAAAUGGGGUCUUUCUCCUUCAGUGAGGAUUUCUCCAACCUUUUUUCCUUCUACAACUACACCUAUGACUACAGCACAGCCAUGCCCGACACUGCUAUCUCUUCUGCCCCAUGCCGGCCCGAUGUCUCUGCUCUCAACAAGUACCUAGUGGUGGUGAUCUACUGCCUUGUGUUCAUCCUCAGUGUGGUGGGGAAUGGGUUAGUGGUGCUGGUGGUGACCUCCAGCCACACCAACCGCUCUGUCACGGAUGUCUACCUGCUCAACCUGGCUGUUGCAGACCUGCUCUUUGCCUUCAGCCUGCCCCUUUGGGCUGCCUACCGUGCCCACGAGUGGGUCUUUGGCACUGUGAUGUGCAAAGCUGUCUCCAUACUGCAGGAGGCAAACUUCUACAGUGGCAUCCUGCUGCUGGCCUGCAUCAGCGUGGACCGCUACCUAGCCAUUGUCUAUGCCACCCGUGCUGCCACCGAGAAGAGGCACUGGGUGAAGUUUGUCUGCUUGGGCAUCUGGAUCUUCUCUGUAUUGCUAUCCCUGCCUGUGCUGUUCUUCCGUGAGGCUUUCAUCUCUCCCAGCAAUGGCACCGUGUGCUACGAGCGCAUUGGUGGCGAGGACACGGCCAAGUGGAGGGUAGUGCUGCGGAUCCUGCCGCAGACAUUUGGCUUUGCCCUGCCUCUCCUGGUGAUGCUUUUCUGCUAUGGUGUCACCAUCCACACCCUCCUGCAGACCAAGAAUUCCCAGAAGCAGCGGGCCAUGAAGGUCAUCUUUGCUGUGGUGCUGGUUUUUCUUAUCUGCUGGUUGCCUUACAACAUCACAUUGGUGAGCGACACCCUCAUGAGGACGCGAGCCAUCACUGAGACCUGUGAGAGGAGGAACCAAAUCGACACAGCCCUCUCUGUCACACAGGUCCUGGGCUUUGCCCACAGCUGCAUCAACCCCAUCAUCUAUGCCUUCAUCGGGCAGAAGUUUCGCAACAGCUUCCUCAAGAUCCUGGCUCAGCGUGGGCUCAUCAGCAAGGAUGCUGUGGCCCGCUAUGGCCGUGCUUCCUAUGCCUCCACUUCUGGCAACACCUCUACCACCCUUUGAACCCCUCCAGGACCUGGCCCUCACAGUUCCCAGCAGGUCCUAGCACCCUACACACCCCCAGCACCCAUGCCCAGCCCCUUGGGGUGCAGGAGGUGAUGCCAUGGCGAUGGUCGGGGCUACUGCUGGAUGCUGGACCCCAACUGCAGGGUGCUUGGGCAACAAGGAGUUAGAACCCCAUAACCCGGGGAGUGAUGCCAAGCACUGUGCACUGUCUCUGCUCUUUGGGGCAGAGCCCGUGAUUUCAGGGACUAUGCAACACCACUGAGGGGAUGGUGUUCAUGGCCAUUGUCCGU